CUUGAGAAGUAGAAGGCCUUGAGCUCCUUGGGACUUUACAUUAAGCCCACCCUGCUCCCAAAUCUCUAAAGUUCAGUAUUUUUUGGAUCAAAUUUGAUACAAAGAGUUAUAUGUGAUAUAUUUCUAGUCUUUAUAGUUAAUGUGUGUAAUACAUUUAUGCUCAGAUUAUAAGACUUGGAGUACAUUUACUUAAAGAGUCGUGGAGAUGUAUGGCAUCUUUUAUGACAUUCUUGAUAAUUUUAGUGAUUUAUUAUUCUGCAAUACAUUAUUUUUCAUAUUUAUACCUACUUAAAAUUAUUUUAAGUUUAUAGCAGCUUACCUGGAUGGGCUUAUAGAAACACAUUGCGAUCUCUUGUCUUCCUAAACUCUAACUACAUGAGAAAACAAGUUUUUUUCUUUUUGACUUAAUCUGCUUUGCAGCAGUUUUCAGAGACAGAUUGAAUUAGUGAAUUUGCAUUUAAAUGCCUUUAUUUUUCUACUAGAGGUUUGUUUCUUGAGUUAAGAAACAUUGUGCAUUAUUGGUGAACUCUCUAAAUGACUUAGAGGUGAAAUGUCUCAGUGAUUUGUAGUGAUUUUGAAAUAGUUUUAAGUAGGUACGGAAGGCUUAAGAAGCAUCCUUAGGCUUUUGUGUGUGUGGACCGAGUCUCGGGAGCUUAGUUUCAGGUUUCUAACAAUCCUUCUGACAAACACUUAGAAUUCUUUUUGCUGGAGUCUCAGUCAUCUAUCUCGACAGUUCUCAUUUCUAAUUUAGAAACGAGUCCAUUUUUACCAAUUUAAGAUAGCCUUAAUUUCACCUAAAAUCUCUCAUAAAUCUCUGAUAUAAUUUAGUUUUUAAACAAUAACCAAACAAUUUAGUUAUUUUUAUGUGACGAGAAUAACAAUGGGUACUUAUUGUCUAUACUUACGCAAUUUUAUAGAUGGAGUUUUAACAUUGAAUGCGGAGAACACUAAUUAUGCCUACCAAGUUCCAAACUUCCAUAAAUGUGAAAUCUGUCUGCUGUCUUUCCCAAAAGAGUCCCAGUUUCAACGCCACAUGAGGGAUCACGAGCGGAAUGACAAGCCACAUCGAUGUGACCAGUGCCCCCAAACAUUUAAUGUUGAAUUCAACCUGACACUUCAUAAAUGCACCCACAACGGGGAAGACCCUACCUGUCCUGUCUGUAACAAGAAAUUCUCCAGAGUGGCUAGCCUCAAAGCCCAUAUUAUGCUGCAUGAGAAGGAAGAGAACCUCAUCUGUUCUGAGUGUGGGGAUGAGUUCACUCUGCAGAGCCAGCUGGCCAUCCACAUGGAGGAGCACCGGCAGGAGCUGGCCGGACGCCGGGCACACACCUGCAAGGCCUGCAAGAAAGAGUUUGAGACGUCUGCCCAGCUCAAGGAGCACAUGAAGACACAUUACAAAAUUAGGGUCUCAGGUACAAGGUCUUAUAACCGGAAUAUUGACAGAAGCGGAUUCACAUACUCAUGUCCUCAUUGUGGAAAGACCUUUCAAAAGCCUAGCCAGUUAACGCGACAUAUUAGGAUACACACAGGUGAAAGGCCAUUUAAAUGCAGUGAAUGUGGAAAAGCUUUCAACCAGAAGGGGGCGCUGCAGACGCACAUGAUUAAGCAUACAGGUGAAAAGCCCCAUGCCUGUGCCUUUUGUCCUGCCGCCUUUUCUCAAAAAGGAAACCUUCAGUCACAUGUACAGAGAGUUCACUCCGAGGUCAAGAAUGGCCCUACCUAUAAUUGUACAGAAUGUAGUUGUGUAUUUAAAAGUUUAGGCAGCUUAAAUACACACAUCAGCAAGAUGCAUAUGGGUGGGCCCCAGAAUUCAGCAAAUGCUACAGAGACUGCACAUGUUUUAACGGCCACACUCUUUCAGACCUUACCCCUCCAGCAGACGGAAGCCCAGGUCACAUCCUCGACCGGCCAGCAGGCCUCACAGGCUGUCACUGACGUCAUCCAGCAACUUCUGGAAUUGUCGGAGCCGGGCCCAGGGGACGCCAACCCAUCGCCUCAGCCUGGCCAGCAGCUGAGCAUCACCGUGGGCAUCAACCAGGACAUCUUGCAGCAAGCCUUAGAAAACAGUGGGCUGUCUUCAAUUCCAGUUGCAGCUCAUCCUAACGACCCCAGCCAUACUAAGACAUCGACAACCCAGAUCCAAAGUCCAGACAUUGCCAAUGUUUCUGGCGAGCAGGCUGAGCCUACUGAUGCAGAGCAAGAGAAAGAACAGGAGAGCCCAGAAAAGCUGGAUAAAAAAGAAAAGAAGAUUAUGAAGAAGAAAUCACCUUUUCUACCCGGUUCUAUUCGUGAGGAGAACGGAGUAAGGUGGCAUGUGUGCCCCUACUGCACAAAGGAGUUUAAGAAGCCCAGCGACCUGGUGCGCCACAUUCGCAUCCACACCCACGAGAAGCCCUUCAAGUGCCCGCAGUGUUUCCGGGCCUUUGCCGUGAAGAGCACGCUGACUGCCCACAUCAAGACGCACACGGGCAUCAAGGCCUUCCAGUGCCAGUACUGCAUGAAGAGCUUCUCCACCUCAGGAAGCCUCAAAGUGCACAUCCGCUUGCACACAGGCGUUAGACCUUUUGCUUGUCCUCACUGUGACAAAAAGUUCCGAACCUCAGGCCACAGAAAGACACACAUUGCCUCUCACUUCAAGCAUACCGAGCUCAGGAAGAUGAGGCACCAACGCAAACCCGCAAAGGUUCGAGUGGGCAAGGCCAGCACUCUGGUGCCUGAUAUUCCUCUGCAGGAACCAAUUCUCAUCACCGACUUAGGUCUUAUCCAGCCCAUUCCAAGAAACCAGUUUUUUCAAAGUUAUUUUAAUAAUAAUUUUGUAAAUGAAGCAGAUAGACCAUACAAGUGUUUUUACUGUCAUCGAGCAUAUAAAAAAUCUUGCCACCUUAAACAGCACAUCAGAUCACAUACAGGUGAAAAGCCUUUUAAAUGCUCUCAGUGUGGAAGAGGCUUUGUGUCUGCUGGUGUGCUGAAGGCACACAUCCGCACACACACGGGACUAAAGUCGUUCAAGUGUCUAAUAUGCAAUGGUGCAUUCACCACUGGUGGCAGCCUCCGCCGGCACAUGGGCAUCCACAACAACCUCCGGCCCUAUAUGUGCCCCUACUGCCAGAAAACAUUCAAGACCUCCCUCAACUGCAAAAAGCACAUGAAAACCCAUAGGUAUGAACUUGCUCAGCAGCUCCAGCAGCACCAGCAGGCCUCCUCCAUCGAUGACAGCACUGUAGACCAGCAAGGCAUCCACGUGUCCACCCAGAUGCAGGUGGAGAUCGAGAGCAAUGCGCUACCACAGACGGCCGAGGCGGUCGCCACAAAUCCCGAAGCCAUCCUGGAACUGGAGCCGCAGCACGUCGUGGGCACGGAAGAGGCCGCGCUUAGCCAGCCGCUGGCAGACCAGCCUUUGGAAGCAGACGAAGAUAGAUUUGUGACCCCUCAGCAUCCUCUACAAGGGCACAUCGAGCAGUUUGAACAGCAGACUCCUGCACCACAGGCCUUUGAACCAGCAGCCUUGUCACAAGGCUUUACAGUGACUGACACAUACAAUCAGCAGACUCAGUUUCCCCCUGUCCAACAAUUACAAGACUCCAGCACGCUGGAAUCUCAAGCUCUUUCUACCAGUUUCCAUCAGCAGAACCUGCUCCAGGUCCCCAGCUCAGAUACAAUCAGUGUGACAACUCGUUUGAUCCAGGAGUCACCCCAAGAGGAGCUGGACGUGCAGACGCAGAGGCCCCAGUUCCUAGAGGAUGGCGAGGACCACAGCCGUCGCACCUACAGAUGUGACUACUGCAACAAAGGUUUUAAGAAAUCCAGCCACCUGAAGCAGCACGUGCGCUCCCAUACUGGCGAGAAGCCCUAUAAAUGCAAGCUCUGUGGGCGUGGGUUUGUCUCCUCGGGAGUUCUCAAGUCCCAUGAGAAGACGCAUACAGAUAUGCAUGCCUUAUCAGAUAAUCUGAUUUGCAAAUAUUUUUCCCAUUCUGUGGGAUGUUGCCAGUUCACAUGUAAAAGACUGAGAAGGGAGAGCGCCACUGUCUCUGAGAAGGUUCUCGUCCAGUCUGCUGCAGAGAAGGACCGCAUUAGCGAGAUGAAAGACAAGCAGGCUGAACUCGAAGCAGAGCCAAAAUACGCCAACUGCUGCACCUACUGCCCCAAAAGCUUUAAGAAGCCCAGUGACCUGGUCAGGCAUGUUCGAAUCCAUACUGGAGAAAAGCCAUACAAAUGUGAUGAAUGUGGAAAGAGUUUCACUGUUAAAUCAACGCUCGAUUGCCACGUGAAGACCCAUACAGGUCAGAAGCUCUUCAGCUGCCAUGUCUGCAGCAACGCCUUCUCCACAAAGGGAAGCCUGAAGGUUCACAUGCGUCUGCACACAGGCGCGAAGCCCUUCAAGUGUCCACACUGCGAGCUGCGCUUCCGUACUUCCGGGCGCAGGAAGACGCACAUGCAGUUCCAUUACAAGCCUGACCCCAGGAAAGUCAGGCGGCCUGCGACCCGGAGCUCCUCUGAGGGACUGCAGCCCGUGAACCUGCUCAGCACCUCCUCCUCGGACCCCAACGUGUUCAUCAUGAACAACUCUGUCCUCACUGGACAGUUUGAUCAGAAUUUGCUUCAGCAAGGGCUGGUAGGGCAGGCGAUUCUUCCUGCUUCCAUGUCUGCUGGUGGGGACUUGACGGUGUCUUUGACGGAUGGUGGUCUGGCCACCCUCGAGGGCAUACAGUUACAGCUGGCUGCUAACUUGGUUGGACCAAAUGUCCAGAUCUCUGGGAUCGAUGCCUCCAGCAUUAACAAUAUCACCUUACAGAUCGACCCGAGUCUUCUGCAGCAAACUUUGCAACAGGGUAACGUGCUUACUCAGCAGCUGACGGGAGAGCCUGGCCUGACCCCACAGAGCGGCUCGCUCCAGACCCCAGACAGUGCCGUCCCAGCCAGUGUGGUCAUCCAGCCCAUCUCAGGCCUGUCUCUGCAGCCCUCAGUGACGUCAGCAAACCUGACCAUUGGCCCGCUGUCUGAGCAGGACUCUGUGCUGACCACCACCAGCAGCGGGCCCCAGGAUCUCUCUCAGGUGAUGACUUCUCAGGGGCUCGUGUCCACGUCCAACGGUCCUCAUGAGAUCACCUUGACCAUUAACAACUCCAGCCUGAGCCAGGUGUUGGCUCAGGCGGCCGGCUCCUCCUCCACGUCAUCCUCGGGAUCCCCGCAGGAGAUCACUCUCACAAUAUCAGGUCAAGAUCUUAUUCAACACAACUCUAAUGGAAGUAGUGAACUAAAUGGAAGCAUACGAUUGUCGGCACCUACAAUCAACAAUCAGUCCACAGGUGCCACCUUAACAAUAAGCAACGAUCAAUUGCUCUCACAGAGCGCAACAUUAAACUCUUCAGAACUGAACGCCACCCCUGGGAGCCUUCCUUCCACCACGCCCAUGUCUCCGUCCACCAUAUCCACGCAGAACCUGGUCAUGGCGUCGUCGGGGGUGGGAGGCGAUGCCAGCGUCACACUCACGCUGGCCGACACUCAGGGCAUGCUCUCCGGGGGCCUUGACACGGUGACGCUAAACAUCACCUCUCAGGGCCAGCAGUUCCCAGCAUUACUCACGGACCCGUCCCUCUCGGGCCCGGGCGGCACAGGCUCCCCGCAGGUAAUCCUGGUGAGCCACACGCCGCAUGCAUCCUCGGCCGGGUGCGAAGAACUGGCUUACCAGGUGACUGACGUCUCUCCAAACCUUGCCAAAGGGAGCCCACCUGAAAAGGAGGGCCGGGCGCACCAGUGCCUGGAGUGCAGCCGCGCCUUCUCAUCAGCUGCCAUGCUGCUGCACCACAGCAAGGAGGUUCACGGCCGCGAGCGCAUCCACGCCUGCCGGCUCUGCAGCAAGGCCUUCAAACGUGCCACGCACCUCAAGGAGCACAUGCAGACGCACCAGGCCGGCCCUUCUCUGAGUUCCCAGAAGCCGAGAGUGUUUAAGUGUGACACUUGUGAGAAGGCAUUUGCCAAACCGAGCCAACUGGAAAGACACAGCCGCAUCCAUACAGGGGAACGGCCGUUCCGGUGCACACUCUGUGAGAAGGCCUUCAACCAGAAGAGCGCGCUGCAGGUGCACAUGAAGAAGCACACAGGCGAGCGGCCCUACAAGUGUGCGUGUUGCGCCAUGGGCUUCACACAGAAGAGCAACAUGAAGCUGCACAUGAGGCGUGCGCACAGCUACGCGGGCUCCCUGCAGGACACCACCAGCCACCCAGAGCAGGACGGGGCGGAGCUGGGCCGGACGCUGCACCUGGAGGAGGUGGUGCAGGAGUCGGCCGGCGAGUGGCAGACCCUGGCCAACGUGUUCUGAUGGAAGCCUGAAGUACACUUUUACAAACAUUUCUGAGGUCAAAUUCUGUGAAGAACAAAGCACUUGGAAUUUCUGUCUUGAAGCUUCAAGUGUUAAAAAUGUUAACACGAUCGUUUUUUAGCUAUAAAAUUAUCUAAAGAAUCAUUGUCUUUCAGAGACUUACAGGAAAAGACUGGGAACGUGUGAGCGCGUAGUCCUCAUCCGUCUCCAGUCACUGAGCUCAGGUGCUCCAGCAGGCAGUCUUGUCUUCCCGCCACGGCCAGUGCAUCUGGUCACAAAGGAAUUAACUGGAUCUGACCACCAUUGUAGCGUGAUUUCUUUGUAUUAGCAAAGACAAGAGUUAACAUGGAAAAAGUGUAUGUGGCUUUACCUCAGGCUUUCUGUUAUAAGAAGCAGAGCCUAAAAAACAAACACAAGAGGUGCGUGAAGUUCAGAAAAAAUGUCAUAACGCACGGGAAAGUUUUUUCUUCUUUUUUCUCUGUGCAUUUUGAAAAUUGGUAGAAACGGACCCUUUUUAGCCUACAGUAAGUUAACAGAACUGAUACCCUGAGAGAUGGCUGGCCCAAUUCUCUCUCCAUUAGUCACUAGGAAGCAGUACCUGGGGCACACACGUGGGGCAGAGAGAGGCUGACUGCCCGCGUGUGUGGUGGCAGUGCAGGCGCUGCGGCCCGUGUGCAGUCGGGUGGCCACUGCAGAAAGCACCAGCCGUACGCAGGAAAGGACAGACAGGGUUGUGCUUGGAGCAGAUGGACCGGGCCUGCCCUCCUCAGCAAAUAGAAAGUACGUGCAGUCCAAGCAUAAGGAUCCACAGAUGCCCCAGGAUGUUCUUUCCAUGCGUAAACACGCAUAGUUUUAUUUCAGGGACUUCUUUAGUAUCAUCAACGGUGCCACAUCAAACACGUCCAAACUGAACCCCAUGCCCACCCGGGUGAGUGCAAGUCAUCCCUGUAACAUUCCAAAGAUGGAAGACCCCUACCUGACUUUAGUGUUUCCUUUCAAAUUAUUUAUAUGUUCUAUAUAUAAAUACAUGUGUACAUAGAUAUACGGGCCUCUGUGUGGCUGAGCAGUAUAUUUUGUAAAUAGGAGCACUAGUCCCCCCCCGACAGAGAGCGCCAGCGUCCGCCUGCCCGUGAGCGCUUCUAGGUCAGUAUUGGACUCAUUAAUAAGUGCGUAUCUUUUCGUUGUAACAUAAAGCCGGGUUUUAUUUUUUUUCCUGAAAAAUAAUUGCCUUUAUUUUCUGUCAUUGCCUCCUUGGUUUCAGAAGAGAGUAGUUUUAUUAUAAAUAUUGUAUGGACUUUGUAUAUUGAGAAAGGAGAUCAUUUCAGAUUCUUACAGAGAGACAUUUUGCUGUUAUCUUGAAAGAGUAUCUUGAUUUUUGUCCUCGUUGCUGUUCACUUUUGGCAUCUGUAUAUAAGUGAUAUUGAUGGUGAUAUGAAAACUUUUGUUAUGUGAAAAUAUUUAAGCCAGAAAACUGUUAAAUAAUAUUACUUCUUUUCCAAACUGCUUGGUGUAUUGUAUAUUUUUUUAAGGGGAAGAAAAAGCCUUAUUUCACUUAUCCUUGUGAUACUGGACUUCUUAUUAUAAAUCCUGAGGUGUCUCUUAAAUGUCAGCGUGUAUACCUGGCUAUCGUCAGUGUAUUCAGAAUAAUUGUAAUUAUGCUGGUGUUUUAAAGGUUCAACUUUUAAUGCACUUUUUCUUUCAUAAUUUUGUAUUAAAAUAUUUUAGUAAUGUUGAUUUAUUUUGAUGACCAAAUAUCCCCAAGAUUGAAAUUUAUGGAAUUUUAAAUUUAUGGAAUUUUAAAUUUUUGUUCUUGCUGGGUUAUUUAUUUUGCUUUUAGCAUUCAAUGCCAGCUCAGGACAGUGUCUAAAAGGGGGUUGUUUAAUUCCUAAUUAUAUUAUAAUUAUAUAGAAAGCCUCAUUUAGUGAACUGUGUUGGUUAAUUGCCUGAUUAAGUAAGGCCCUAACGGAAGAAUCUAAAGCCUAUUUUUAUUUUGUUUAAAGAAAAAGAAAAAAAAAUUAAUAAUCCAUUUUUGUGACUUUGCUCAGUUUAUUUAGCAGGCAAACACAAGACAUUCAUGUAUUAUUUUGAUGUAUUCCUAAUUAUAAACGCUGCUUCUUUGCAAAACACCCCUUGAAAUAUAAGGUUUUGUAAAGACAUAAUUUCACUUGAAUCUUUGAUGGUUGAUCUUUAUAUUUUACUGAUAAAUAAAAAGUCUUCUUAGAGAGAGGUUUCUAGCCUCACACAUAACCAGGGUUUUAAGGAUAGAUAACUGUAUUUUUAGAAAUACCACAGCAUAUCUGCUUUGGAAUAGCUAUAAAUAGAAAAUUAAAUUAGGAAAUAUGAUUAAUUUCUUUUCCUUUUUAAAUGUUUAAUAUAAAAUAGUUUGGCACAUGAAUUAAUUUCAAGUUCAGAUACUUUUUAAAAGAAAAGAACUCUAACAAUAGUUUCCUUUACCUAUAAAAUCCAGACAAUGAAUGCUUAACCUGCGAGGUCUAUUUAAAGGCUUCAGAUUUAAAAAAUCAGGAUGUGGCAUAUGGGCCAGUGAGGGGCAAGCUGUAAGCAUCAGCACAGUCCUGCACAAACAUCAUGACUGACCCUAACUCUUUCUGUUGUUGGCCCUACGAAGCAGUACCCUGAUCAUUGAGGGAUCCUUUGAAAAUUCACAACUGUCUUUAACCCACGUUUGUGGUAAAGUAACUGUGAAUCAUUUAAGUAAACUGGAAGAAUGAAUUCUUUUUCCAAAGAUGCUAAACUUAAAGCUGGGAUAUAGUUUAUAUGAUGUUGAGAUAGUAGCGGGAAUCUAGCAGGUAUAGAAUCCAAUCAUUGAGAUAAUGCAAAAGUGGUUAUUUUUUCAUAGAAUGGCAAUAGAUUAAAGUAAAAACAUUUUUUCAAAAAUGUAAACUCAAGGUCCUCCUCCUCGUUCCCCAGACAAGUUCUACUUUUGCCCCUUUUUAGUAUCUGGUGUGUUUUAGACAAAUAUGUCAUUAAAGAAACUCCAUCACACAUGAUGAUCAGCUGACGUCCCAACCACAGUGGGAGGCUCUCAAGAGCAUGCUUUCUCCUCCCCGCCAUGUCUUACUGAUGAAACGGGAAAAACAUGAGGAAGAUUGUAGCAUCUAACUUGGGAAUGUUGCUUUAGUACAGUGUUUUGUACUUCUCCCAUUGUCAUUUUUAGGGAAAUGUGAAUUUGAGUUUUCAAAAUUAUAGCUAGUGUUCUGUGUCUUCACCUGAACGCUUAGAUGACAUUUGUGUUGAAGGGAUGCAUGGCUUAGUAAAGAUACAAUAUUUCAAAAAGUAGAAGUGGGUUUCUGUUCUUCCUCUGACUUUCCUCUUUUUAGAAGAAUAUUUGUAACUCAUUAAGAUGCACAUUUUUUACAUUAAGUGAUCCUCACACUCAUUUGUGUAACCGGUAUCUUUUUAAAGAAAAUAUUUAAGAUACAUAGAACUGCUUUUCUGGUUAUUAUUUUUAACAAUAUCUCAUCCUGCCUUUUGCAGAAUUUUUCCCAGAAGCUUAUUUCAAAGUCAAUACUGUGUGCACCGCAGCCCCUCAAAAAAGUUAAUCCAAGGACUGAAGAUUGCUAAUUUAACCUUUCCUAAAAUCUCUUGUAUAGUAAAUGAGGGAGAGGUGAAAUUAUACAACUGAUGCUUCUAACCUAGAGUUCGCCUCCUUUUGCCACUUAAUCUACAUUCAUCUAAUAUAGGUACUUUGCAUUUUUAGAGUAGAAUUUCCAAAGUGCCUACUUACAUACCCCAAUGCAGUGGAAUGUUAUAUACCUGUUUGGGGCCUCUAUAUUUUUACUUUAUACUCAUGACAAUUAUUUUGAAAUCUAGUUGUAUCUUCUUCAUUGUUUGAAAAGUAGAGGCAACAGAAUCUUUUACAAGAUUAGAAGUCCUACACAUCCCUAGUAAAGACAUUUUCUUUGGCUUGGUAAGAUAAGUAAACCAUGUGCCCUCUUUGGCCAUUGUUGAUCCAAUGGAAAUCACUCCUCUCUUGCCCCCUCCCCAGGCACACACGCACAGUGGGCCCACUCUCUCUCUCUUCCAUACUUGCCCGCUCUGUACGUGCAGGCACGAUGGUAGUUUUUAUGGAUGACUAAUAAAAUAUUUAAGCACCUAAAAAAUAAAGAUUAGUCCAUAUAAAUGACAGGAGCAAUAGGCAGUAAUAAUGAAAGAAUUUGCUAUUUAAUCUUUUUUUAUGUGUAAUGCUUUUCAGCAUGAAGACUUUUGUAUUAAAUCAAUACUUGUGUUCUGUUUGACAAAUUCUAAAAUGACCUAGUGAUUCAUGAUUGAUUUGCCACUAAAGAAAAAUUUAAAAAUUAAAUUUUUUUUGUUUGUUUACAGGAGAGUUCCUUUUUUAUCUUCAAAAUUGUUUCAUGGUCUAUUUAUA